AUGAUAGAGGAUAUCGACUGCAUCAAGGACCUAUGUCCUGGUCUAAAAGCACCUGAAGGCACAAUCGUCUUUACUAUGGACGUAGUAGGCUUAUACCCCAGCAUUCCAAUCCAGGAAGGGGUCGAUGCUGUGAUGGAGGAGUUAGAGAACCACUUAGAGCAAAUCGACACGCUUGGACCCAGCCUGAACGAGGUGCGUAACCUGCUGCAAUUUGUGCUGAGCCACAAUGAUUUCAAGUUCGGACAUCAGGUAUAUCAUCAGAUUGACAGGGUUUCCAUGGGCAACAACCUGGCACCACUCUUCGCCAUUAUCUUUAUGCAUACAAUCGAGACCAGACUUCUACAGACCGCAGAGAUCAAGCCGCUAGUGUACAAGCGCUACAUCGACGCCAUCCUAAUCCUCUGGACCUAUGGCAGAGAGCGGCUUGUACAGUUCGUACAGCUCCUCAACUCCUACCACCUAAGGAUCAAGUUCACAUACGAGUUGAGUGAGGUGAGCGACUCAGUGAAUUCCAUGGAUAUAACCAUUGCCGUCAAAGAGUCGGGAGAGUUGGCAUACAAGCUAUUCCAGAACCCAUGCAGCAGUGGGCUACUGAUGGAUUAUGCGUCGGCUACUCCCAACAUAAUGAAGUUGCCCGUUGCCUCCUCUCAAUUUCUGAGGGUCCAGCGCCUAUCAUCAGGUCCCCAGAUGCGCAGUGAAAGUGAAUUGACGAUAACCAAGCAACUAAAACUGAAUCACUAUCCGGACAUUGUCAUCAACACGAGCUAG